ACAGGUGCCACAAUAAAUACCUUGCCCAUACAGACUUCCCGACCCCUUCCCCCGCCUCGCCGGAUCAUUUGUUUAGGGCGCACGAGGGCGAUCUCUCCUCUAGCGCGAAGCAAAGCCUUCAGCUACCGGCCAUGGUAGGGGGAAGCAUCCGCGCGGCCGCCAAGGCCGCGGUGAUCGGCGGCUACCGCUCCGCCGCCUACAUGCGGCGCGCCGUCAUCCCGUCGUCCCACUCCUCAUCGGCCGCCGACGACAGCCGGAAAGCGUCCGCGAUCGCGGUGGACGACUGGGUCAUCCCGGACCACGAGGUGUUCGGCCCCGUGCCCACCCACGAGGAGGCUAUGGUCGCCACGCUCGACCUCAAGGCUGCCUUCGAGAUUGCUCAGGUUGAAUCUCAAACUGCUCACAUUGAUACCCCGAAGUCGCACCUCUCACCCACUGACCAGGAUAACCAUGCAAAGAUUGCCCAACAAAUUGCAAACCCAGAACUUGUUCUCUCUGAAACACCUCAGGUCGUUGUUCAUUCAGAAACAUCUGAGAAGGAAGAUAACUACGAAAACUCACUAGCUGCGGCUGGAACUCCUGUACGUGUUGUGCAAGCAUUCACAUUGCUACAGGAGAGCCCUGAAGCUCAGGAUGUUGUUGCCGCACUUGCUUCUGACAAGAAUGUUUGGGAUGCUGUGAUGAAGAACGAGAAGGUUUUGAAUUUCUACAAGACAUACGAAUCGAAGCUCAGCGAGUGCUCUAGUGCUGCUUCAAGCGUUUCUGGGGAUGAGGUGGAGGAUGGUGAUGCAGCUAGCGUGCAAAACAGCAAUAACCUCCAUCCAAGCGCUGGCGAAUCGCUCAAGGAUUACUUGGAGAAAAUGAAGGCCCUGGUGUCCGAAAUGAUGAGCAAUCUGUCGAACAUGGUGCAGGAUCUCGUCGCAACCUCGGACGAGGGCCGCUGCAAGGGGAAGAUUAAGACACUGAUCUUGAGCUCCAGCAAAGAUUUUCCGAGUGCGCCAUCAGCCUUUGUGAUUUUGGCUAUUGCGUCUAUCAUAGUAGUUAUGCUUAAGCGUGCUUAGGUCAGUCAAAUAGAAUAGAUAAAGGAAAAACUUUCCAUACAUAUUGGCUUGGCUGUUUGCUACUUUAGGUUUGCGACAGUCUUCUUUUCUUAUGUGGGGCUUAAUCUCCUUAACUUCUGUUAGCAAGACAAGUUCUUUUUGCACCGAGUCACUUCUAUUGGGUA